GGCACCGGCCCACGGGGAGGAGACGCGGCGGCGGCGGCGGCGGCGGCGAUGCUGGAGACCCUACGCGAGAGGCUGCUGAGCGUGCAGCAGGAUUUCACCUCCGGGUUGAAGACUUUAAGUGACAAGUCUAGAGAAGCAAAAGUAAAAAGCAAACCCAGGAGUGUUCCAUAUUUACCGAAGUACUCUGCUGGAUUGGAAUUGCUUAGCAGGUAUGAAGACACUUGGGCUGCACUUCACAGAAGAGCCAAGGAAUGUGCAAGUGCUGGCGAGCUGGUGGACAGCGAGGUGGUCAUGCUCUCGGCUCACUGGGAGAAGAAGAGGACGAGCCUGGUGGAGCUGCAGGAGCAGCUGCAGCAGCUCCCCGGCCUGCUAGCCGACCUGGAGUCCGUGAUGGCCAGUCUCUCUCAGCUGGAGGCCAGCUUCGAGGAAGUGGAGGAGCAUCUGCUGCACCUGGAGGACCUGUGUGGCCAGUGUGAGCUCGAGAGACACAAGCACAGACAGGCCCAGCAACUGGAGAACUACAGGAAGAGCAAGAGGAAAGAACUGGAAACCUUCAAAGCUGAACUAGAUGCCGAGCACUCGCAGCGGGUGCAGGACAUGGAGCACGCCCAGCAGGCACGGCUGAAGGAGCGGCAGAAGUUCUUCGAGGAAGCCUUCCAGCAGGAUGUGGAGCAGUACCUGUCCACGGGCCACCUGCACAUCACGGGGCACCGGGAGCCCAUGGGCAGCAUGUCGUCCAUGGAGGUGAACGUGGACAUGCUGGAGCACAUGGACCUCAUGGACAUCUCCGACCAGGAGGCCCUGGACGUCUUCUUGAACUCCGGCGGCGAAGAGGGCAGCGUGCAGUCUCCUGUCACAGGACCUGAACCCCAAACGUGCAUCACCUUUGAGGUUCCACAUCCUUCACACUUGCCCACUGAGCCGCCUUCCUCCCCGUCCACCUGCAGCGACUCGGCAGCGCAGGAUGCGGGCGAAGGGAGCGCACGCCCCAUGGUGCAGUCGGAUGAGGAGGACGUGCAGGUGGACACGGCCCUGGCCACACUGCACUCUGACGGGAAGGCAGCCACAGAGGCAAGCGACGACAGCGACUCCUGAAUCAGGACAUCCGUGCACACUGAACGACACUCGAGCGUGAGCGCAAGCCCGCCUGUAAAGUCUGGUUGUCUAUAGAGGGUCUUGGUUUUUACAGUUGCCAAAAAUGUGUGAGAAGUUGACUGAAAGAGCUGUGAAUAAAGCAAAGUUGAAACCA